CGAAGGCUCUCAAUAUAUAUUCCUAAAAACCUUCCCUAAAGGUGGUAUGAUAAAAUUAAAUUAAACUAGCGAAAAACAAAUUGCUCAACAACACAAAUAUUAUGGGCUGCUUUCUUGGACAAAACAAUUUUGCCAAGAGCAUGAUGUUCUUAUUCGUGUUUAUCGUUCUCGUUUCCAUGGAGUGGUCGGCCAUGGCCGCUCAGGAAUCGGAUUUUUUGGCGGAUAUAUUUUCUUCUGGGAGGGAUGAGAUGGUGCAGUGGGCCGGUUACGGGGAAGAAAAGCUCUCGACGGUCGUGAUUGGCGGCAAAAUUCUCUGCAGUGGUGGUGGUGCGGGAGAGAAAACAGAUUCCUAUCCAGUCUCAGGUGCAAGAGUAGCUGUUUUGUGCGGUUCUAGAUCGAAAAGGAAGAAAACAUGGGCGAAAACUGACACGGAUAGUUCUGGAAACUUCCUAAUCGAUCUACCUUCACGUCUCCAUGCAAUCCCGAACUUGGAGAAAAUAUGCCACAUCAAAGUCGUUCAUCUCCCAAAAUCUAGUUCGUGUCGUUUGGUCCGAAAACAUAAUCCGAUACAACUAACCUCAAACACUGAUGGCAUCCGUAGUUACACGACCAACAACAUACAUUUGAUGCCUCACAAGCAUACAUGAAAUUAUUAAAAAUAAAAAUUAAAGGGAGAAUUGAUUGUGUGGAGUUUAUUGAUUUGAUCACUAGCUAGCUAAAUGGGCUUGCUAUGUGUUGGGUGGACAUGUUUGCGUGUCCAUAAUAAUGUAAAUAUAUAGUAUAAUAGUCCGACAUGAAAACGAAAUGUAUACAUACAACAGAUAAUAAAUAACUAAAGUAAACGAGUGAAUGUGAAAAUGCAGUCUAUUUUAAUGUCAAAGUAUUGAAACUAAAGAUGUUACAGCUUCAUAAUAAUCUCCAAUUUUGCUAUAUAAUGACAACCAAAUAAUUAAUCUUUCCAAACACAAACUAUAUCCAUCUUCACCUGAAAACCGGACACCCUUUAACAACAAUCCCAGGUGCAGUCGGGCAA